GUGAGACUCAUACAUAUAAAAAUUAUUUUAAACGGGUCACUCGGGGGUGGUCGGGGUUUAAACGGGAAAAUUGGAUCGAAAAAUGUCAAGCUAUUCGACUUAAUAAUACGUGAGUGACCCGUUAAAAAUAAUUUUAAUAUAGAUUCUGUCAGCCUAUCCUAUUACCUUUUCAGAAGGCUAAACUACUGAGAGGAUAGAAUGUCUUAAAUAGAAAUCCACCCCUUGGAGAGAGGAUAGUGAAAUGACACAGACCAAAUCCCACACGGGCAGAGACACAGGCACAGCUAGUCGAUUGAUAUAACAGGUGCACAUGUGACAGGAGGUAUCUUACUUCAUCAAUGGAUAGUGAAAGGUCUCGUAACCUACAUUGUAUCGUAGGUCAGACGGCGACCGUGAGCGCAUGAACGAUGGCGGACAUCUCAAGCGGAAGCGGAAGUGAAGAUUGCGAAGGUGUCAGACUAGUUGUCUUAAAUUUACCAGAAGAUGAGGGUGAAGGGCUAGGCUUCCGUUUAACAAGAACUUUAUGGGACCCUUAUCCUUGGGUUCGUGAAGUCACUCCCGGAGCAAGAGCUGAUUUAGCGGGGUUGAAAACAGGGGACUGCUUGCUUCAGGCUGACGGAAAAGAUUUACUUGGUUUACCGGUCGGCCAGGUGGCUGGGUUGAUUAGGGGAGACGGAGCGGGCCGCGGCGUAUCACUUCUUGUUUGGAACUGUGGAGUGGAUCCAAAAGAUGAUCCAGAGCUCCUCUGGAGUUGCGGUGGAGGUUCUCGCGGUGAAAAGUCUAGGAGAGCGUUGGCGGGAGUGGUGAAGGCACUAUCCUGCUGUGUCUGCGCCGCUACAGCCACAAAAGCACUGAACUGUGCACGGUCACAUUUGUACUGCGAAGCAUGCUGGAAGAGACUAGAACGCUGUGCUUUAUGCAGAGAAGCACUACCACCCAAGGAUUCUCCAUAUGCUAGGAAUUUAGUCGCUGAGCAGGUUUUCGAAGCAAUAGCAACAGAAUAUGAAAUCAAAGACGCAAUCAGAAAGCCAAGUGAAUCUGCAUCAGCCUACGCAUCACCCAACAGGUCCCCAAAUAUGUCAACUGCGGCCUUCCGGAGGGGUCAAUACAAUCUAUCAGCAAUGAGGAAUCGCAAAACUGUACAGUUUAUUGAUAAAUAUAAACAAAACUACACAUCAGACCCUAACAUUCACAGAUCUCUUAUUCAAGAUUCGAAACCAACAGUCGAAAAUUCAACUACCGAAAAUGGAAGAAAAGCUUGUGACUGUCAGCAAGGUGGGAAAUCAGAGAAAGUACCGGAAAUAAGAAUAAACGAUGAACCGAAAUAUUGCCAGAACAUGUUACAGCAUAGUUUGAUUGUUCGUGCAAGACAAGCCUGCUCACUGGUUGAUUUGCAAGCUGCGAUGCAGUCUUGUGUGCUGUCGAAGUCUUUAAAUAAUAUUAGCACUGAAAACUGUGAACCAGGGCAGCACAGUGGCUCUCUUGAAAACUUGAAGAUAAAUUGUAAAUCUACCUCAGAUACGCCGCUUUAUGUGCUUUCUGCUCCACCGAUUUAUGUAUUAACGUGUGAUCAUAGUAAAAACUAAUAAUGUAAAGUAAUGUAAAUAAUGUAAAUCUUAUAAUACGUAAGGAACUGUAAGUGCCAUUUAUUUUGCAACGAUAUCAUGUUAUAAUUAAAAGUUUAAUAAA